UGGAAAAGUUGUAGCUUGAGAAUUUCUAUGAUGAAAUGCGUGGUAUUUUUAUUGGUAGCUUUUGGUAGUUUUAUUUCUAACAACUUUAUUAAUGCAUUUCAAUGGAAUAUAAUUAAUCCUCCAACGUAUCCUCAAAUGGCAAUCAACGCAAUGAUUAAUCUACCAUUAUCACCAAUAUCAUCUUUACAAAUAAAUGGUUCGUUACCAUUGUUAGCAAUUUUUCCAAUGCCAAUACAAUAUUUUCCAAUGCAACCAAUGGCACUUAAUCCAUAUGCAGCAUAUCCAAUCUAUCCAUGGUGGCCAAUAAAUCCUUCAUUUUCUGGUAAAGUAAAUGAGCCCACCACGCAAUCUACUCCAGCUCUCGAUACACAAUCUAUUCCAUCUCCAGUGGAGCCAAAUAAUUCUUCAAUUUCUAGUAAAGAAAUUCAUCCCACUACAGUCCCCACUACACCAUCUACAACUUCCACUUCAGAGCCAAAACCACUGCCACUUUUAAAUCCUGUAUCUACAGUUCUCGAUUAUGGAAAUAACCAGGAGCAAGAACCCUUCGGCUGGGAGGAUUCCAUUUCAGAACAAAAACUACAGCCGCUAUUAAAUCCUGGAUCUUCAGUUCUAAACAAUGGAAAUUACCAUGAGCAAGGCUCCUUUGGCUGGGAGGAUUCGCCUUCAGAACAAAAACCACAGCCACCUUUAAACUCUGGAUCUGCAAUUUUCAACGGUGGAAAUCACCAUGAGCAAGGACCCUUUGACUGGAAGGAUUCCACUUCAGAGCAAAAACCACAGCCUCAUUUAAAUCCUGGAUCUAUAGGUUUCAACGAUGGAAAUUUUCAUGAGCAAGGACCUUUUGGCUGGGAAGAUUCCACUUCAGAACAAAAACCACAGCAAGCUUUAAAUACUGGAUCUACAGGUUUCAACAAAGUCAUUCUCCAGGAGCAGAAAUACCUUUUGCAACCACCCUGGGAACAAUCCACUUUAGAAAUAAAACCACAGCAACCCUUAAAUCCUGGAUCCACAGGUUACAAUCAUGGAAAUUAUCCGGAGCAAAGACCUUUUAAUUGGGAGUAUUCCACCUCAGAGCAAAAACCACAGCUACCUUUAAACCCUGGAUUAUCACUUCACAACGAUGGAAAUUACCAUGCACAAGGAUUCUUUGGCUGGAAGAAUUCCACUACAGAGCAUAAACCACAGAAACCUUUAAAUCCUGGUCACAACAAUGUCAUUUACCAGGAGCAGGGAUACUUUCUGCGACCGCCUUGGGAACAUUCAACCUCAGAGCAAAAACCACAGCGGCCUAUGACUCCUGGAUUUACGGGUCACACCAAUGGAACUAACCAGGAACAAGGAUCUAUUCAACGACCGGCCUGGGGGUUUACUUUCUCAGAGGAAAAUCAACAGCGACCCUUAAAUCUUGAAUCUACAGGUCACAGCGAUGUUAUUAACCAGGAACACGGAUACUUUCUGCGACCGGCCUUGGAGUAUUCCACCUCAGACAUCAAACCUCAGCGACCUCUAAUUCCUGGAUCUACAGGUCACCACGAUGGAAAUUACCAGGAGCAAAGCCUAUUGCUGCGACCGCCCUGGAUGGAUUCUACCUCAGGAACAAAACCUCCGCGGCCUUUAAAUCCUGUAUCUGCAGGUCACAACGAUGUCAUUUACAAGGAGCAAGGAUUCUUUCUGGGAUCGCCCUGGGAGUAUUCCAUCUCAAAGUCAAAACCGCAAGAACCUUUAAAUCCUGUAUCUAAGGAUCACAAUAACGGAAAUCAUCAACAGCAAAGUCCCUUUCAGCGACCAUCCUGGGAGGGUUCCAUCUCAGAGCCAAAACCACAGAGUCCCUCAAAUCCAGGAACCACUGGUUACAACCAUGUAAACUACCAGGAGGAAGGACCUUUUGGCUGGGAGGAUUCCACUUCAGAGCAAAAACCACAGCAACCUUUAAAUUCUGGAUCUGCAGGUCCCAACGAUGCAAAUUACCAUGUGGAAGGGCCCUUUGGUUGGGAGGAAUAACCAAAUUGCUAAUUGGAAACCAAAGCGAAA